UCACCUUGUUAUGGUUCCCCUUCGUGUACAGACGUUCACGUAAAACGUGAUUUUCGUGGCUUUCUUCACAGUUCGUGGAUUAAAAUCUCCAGCAUGAAUUUAACACACGAAUUGGAACUUUUUCCCGAUCUCAGAGUGACUCAGGUGCUUUUUAAGGAGGUGAAAAAUGCGGCAGAGUUGAGGCAGUGUGCGGUGGAGGGUAAAAUAAAAGGAGCCCUGAUCAACCCGACUAUGCUGGUGAGUCCUUUCCAGGUGCUGGUAGCUGCUAACAAAGCGGUGAGCUUACAGAAAAUUGGGAAAAUGAAGACGAGAAGUUUAUUCUCAGAAAUCAUUUUCAACCUGUCACCCACUAAUAAUAUCUCAGAGGCGUUCAAAAGGUUUGGGAUCUCUGAUAGUGAUGUCUCUGUCCUGGUGGUCCUGGUUCACAACAAAGAUGAGUCGCAGCUUGUGUCAGACAUCACAGCCAGGGUAAACGGACAGCAGGUUCCAGCGGAAGAUGUUCCUUCACUGACGGAUUUUGCAAAAGUCAAAAAGCUAUAUAAAGUCACCCCGCAGGAGGAGAAGUGUGGCACUCUGCUGGACGCAGUUGUUUGCAGGAUGGCCACCAAGGACGUCAUGUAGCUACAACAGGAAAUGGGACCAGGACAGGACUUAAAAAAAAAAAAGAAAAGAAAUUGGUUGCCUUUUUUUUUAUAUGGAAUAAGGAUUUAUAUUAAUAAUGUUAUUUCUGCUGCUGAUGUUCCAACACAUGCUUAGUUUGUCUUCUGUGCACUCCAUGCAACUCAAAUCAAUAUUAACUACAGAAAAAAAGUCACAUUUUCUGUACGUUAAGUUCAUGUUCCCAGCUGAAAAGAAAAUAUACCUUAUUUUUCAUA